AUGGUGCUCGUUCAGCGUUUGACCCUUUUGGCGGCCAAUAUUUGGGACGGCCAAAGGUUGAAAUCCGAGGAAGAGGAGAAAAAGAAGACUGAUGAUGGAGAAAAUGGAACACAAACCUCGAAGGUAUCUGGCCAAUUGACUCCAAUCUGCAAACAAUACGCCAUUCUAGAAAUCCCAAAUCCACUGGAAUUCUUCUCUUACUGCCUAAACUUCCAAACCAUUAUGGCAGGUCCACCGAUUACCUUCAGAGAUUAUCGCACCUUCAUUGAAGGCAGAGAAGCUGAGGAUAAAAACCUCAAUCCCAAGCAACGUGCCUACUUCGUAAGUCAACGUUAA